AUGCCGCCUGAAGUGGUUGACUUACUUGAAGAAAAGAUACCUAACGCUGACAAAGCAUUGGAAGAAUUGCUUGUACCAGUUGUUAAACUCAAAGGGUCGAUCACCACAAUUCUUGAUCUAGGAAGUGGUGCCGGGAACCUGUCUAGAGCGUUAAGCAGGCGUUUUCCAGACGCAACAAUAUACGCUAUCGACUAUAAUGAAAGUGCAAUAGCCAAAGCAGAUACAAUUUCAAAAGCUCAAGGCAUCAAAAACGUGCAGUUCCUGAAGUUAAAUGCUACGGCUUUGCCUACCGACUGGACAAACAAGUUUGACUGGGUGAUCAUGUAUGAUAUUCUUCACGAUCUAGCAGGUCAUGUUAAGGCUAUGGAAGAGGUUGGUCGAGUUUUGAAAGACGAUGGCGUUUUAUCCAUAAAUGACCCCGAUUUACACAGCAAUGUUUUGAACAACGUUGGAGACACGAAUGUUGCAUCAGUAGGGUACGCUAUUAGCUCCGUAAUUUGUCUUCCUUGCAGUUUGUCAGAAGGCGAUACCCUAGGUCUUGGAAUGGGCUGGGGAACCGAAAACAAAGAAGCCUUUCUCGCUAGCUCCGGUUGGCACGUGAAGGACAAACGCAAAAUCGAAAGUCACCUGGCUUUGAAUCACACAUGCGUUAAGACGUCCAGGUAA